AUGGGAGCUGCAUCUUCCCAGGAUUCUUUCUUUCCCCAAGAGAAGAGCACAGAAAAGGGAGAAGUGACAGCUCUCCGCCUCACAGCCAGAUCCCAGGCAUCCGUGACAUUCAAGGACGUGGCCAUGGACUUUACCCCUGAGGAGUGGGGGAAGUUGGAUCCUGCCCAAAGGGACGUGAUGCUGGACAACUAUAGGAACCUGGUCUCGCUUUGGCUUCCAGUUUCCAAGCCUGAUAACUACAAUUUGGAGAAUGGAACAGAAACAUUGAUGUUUGAGAGAAAAGUCCCCAGGAGCAGCUAUUCAGACUCAGAGAGUAGACCUGAGAGCAAAGAUUCAACUUCAGUGCAAGAUUUUUCCAAAGAAGAAUCGUGCCAGGUUGCAAUAAUAGACAGACUCACAGAAAAUUGUGUCUAUGAUACCAACUUGAAAACAACUUUUGAAUGUGAAAAUUUGUUAGAGAAUCAGCAAGGAAAUCAGGGGAGACAUUUGAGAGAAAUGUUCACCUACAUUAAUUCACUCCCUGAAGAAAGAGCUCAUGAGCAUGAUGUAUAUUGGAAAAACUUUAGUCAGAAGUCUGUCCUUCUCACUCAAGACAGAGUUCCAAAAGGAUCGUAUGCCUUCCAUAAACUUGAAAAGAGAUUGAAACAGAAAUCAAACUUAAGGAAAAAACAGAGAACCUAUAAAGAGAAAAAACCUCAUAAAUGUAAUGAUUGUGGUGAACUAUUCACUUACCAUUCAGUGCUUAUUCGACACCAGAGAGUCCAUACUGGAGAAAAACCCUAUAGCUGUGAUGAAUGUGGGAAAUCUUUUAGCCACAGAGCUAAUUUAACUAAACAUCAGAGAACUCAUACUAGAAUUCUCUUUGAGUGCAGUGAAUGCAAGAAAGCCUUUACAGAAAGCUCAUCCCUUGCAAUACAUCAGAGAAUUCACAUUGGAGAGAGACCUUAUGAAUGCAAUGAAUGUGGGAAAGGAUUUAAUCGAAGUACACAUCUUGUACAGCAUCAAUUGAUCCAUACUGGAGUGAAGCCUUAUGAAUGUAAUGAAUGUGAUAAAGCUUUCAUUCAUUCCUCAGCACUCAUCAAACAUCAAAGAACUCAUACUGGAGAGAAACCCUAUAAAUGUCAGGAAUGUGGGAAAGCUUUUAGCCAUUGCUCAUCCCUGACUAAACAUCAGAGAGUUCAUACUGGAGAAAAGCCAUAUGAAUGUAGUGAAUGUGGAAAAACCUUUAGUCAGAGCACACAUCUUGUUCAGCAUCAAAGAAUUCAUACUGGAGAGAAACCCUAUGAGUGUAAUGAAUGUGGGAAAACCUUUAGCCGGAGUUCAAAUUUUGCUAAACAUCAAAGAAUUCAUAUUGGAAAGAAACCAUACAAAUGUAAUGAAUGUGGAAAAGCCUUUAUUCAUUCAUCGGCUCUUAUUCAACACCAGAGAACUCAUACUGGAGAGAAACCCUACAGAUGUAAUGAAUGUGGGAAAAGCUUUAAGUGCAGUUCAUCCCUCAUCAGACAUCAAAGAAUUCAUACAGAAGAGCAACCCUGA